GUGACUGGAUACUAUCUAGAACUGAGAUAUAAAUAACGGUCUUUUUUCAGGGAACCCAGACUUAAGAUUUGAUCGUUUAAAGCUAAACAAGAUUGUGCUUAUGCACUUUUGCUCUUCACGUAACAGUGAGGUUUUUUGCCUUCCUGUAACAGCCACAUGAAUAAUGUCUCUGAAGCAAAAGCAAGAAAAACAGCAAGAGCAACAGUUAUCCCUCCGUCAGAGGAUGGCAUUAUUUCAGGCCAGUUCCUCAGUUAGACAGACAAACAGUAAAGGAAGUGGUGCAUGUAAAAGGAAGAAGGGUGGAGCAGAAACAAGUACUUCCAUCUCCCCAUCUCUUCAUGUUGAAACAGAAAUCAAAGACUAUAAAGCCUGCUCUUCUUCUACUCUUAGUGAUGCUCACCUCAAUGAAACUCACAUUUCUACCUCAUGCCUCCCAUCCUCUGACACCUGCCACAGUCAAGAGCUCAUCUCAUUUCUCCUCCCUUCUUACUGUGACUCUCUCUUUUGCUCAUUACGGAGUUUAAAAGAAGAGGGACUGCUGUUGGACUGCAGCUUACAACUUCUUGGCGAUUCUCACAAGGCUCACCAAUUAGUGCUUGCUGCUGUCAGUCAAAGGGCAGAGGAGUGGUUGUGCUCCCGGAAUAUGGAGGUGAAUUUGUAUAAUGUGGGAGGAUCUGCGUGUCAUAUAACUUAUGCAGGACUGAAAGCUGUUCUGAACUUUGCUUACUAUGGAGAAGUGAACAUGAAUUAUACUGAAGCCAGAGAUUUGGAGGAGAUUCUGAUGGCUUGCAGAUGUUUAGGAGUGGACCGACUCGCAGAGGUGUGCAAGGCUGAAGCUCCAUCCACUGGGAGGGUGGAGAGAGAACAGAGCCUGCGGGUGAUCAGGACACUGUGGGAGAGACGUGUUGGCUGUGAUGUUAUCAUGGAGGUGGAAAGUGGAGAGCGUUUCCCUGCCCAUCGCAUUAUACUUGCUGCAGGGGGAGACUAUUUUAGAGCCCUCUUUUGCAGUGGGUUACGUGAGUCCAAGGAGGAGGUGGUGUGUUUGCGAGGCAUAGCAUCAUGGGUGCUAGAAUCCCUACUGGAGUUCAUGUACUCUGGACAGUUAAAUUUGGGCUGGCAGAAUAUCUGGGACCUCACCGAAGCAUCUCUGCAGUUCCAACUACAAGGGGCACACACACUAUGCUCAGAAUUUCUACAUGAUCAUAUGAAUGAUGCUUCAUGUUUGGACACUCUCUUUCUAGCUGAGACAUAUGGACUGGAGCGUCUUGGUAGGGCAGCAGAGGAGUAUACUUUAGCCCACUUCCAGCAGAUUUCAGAGAGAGAGAAUUUUAAAGAUCUCACCUGUACCCUACUGGCACGUCUGUUAGAGAAGGAUGAGCUGAGGGUAGACUCUGAGGUGGUGGUAUUCAGGGCAUUAAUGAGUUGGGUUGAGGAGGAUAAAGCACACAAGCUGGCCAAUUUACCAGGACUUCUCCAGAGAGUCCGUUUCCCACUAAUGAGUCCACCAGAGCUGGAGGAGGUUGAGGGCUGCAGACUGCUACGUAGGAAUGCAGAAGGAAGGGAAGCCUUACAGAUUGUGAGGAAGCUUCUAGAAGGAAACCAGAGAACAAUAGGAUGUAAACCACGUACCCCAAAUCAGGUCUUGGUGUUGGUGGGAGGGGACAGUGUGAAUGACAACUUUGAGCGGCGGGAACCAAACCGGUCCCUGUGGUUUGCUCAGCGCUUUCUGCGUGGAGAGGGACUCAUUCGGACUAUAGAGUGGGAACCUCUGGUUCAGCUACCAGAACCCCCACGACUUCGCCACUGUGUGUGUGUUCUCAAUAAUGUAUUGUACAUACUAGGAGGGCGCAAAUACUACGGAAAACUGGAUAUACUCAAGUCUGUGGUGAGAUUCAGCCCUGCCCAGUUUAAAUGGGAGUGUUUGCCUGAUAUGGCCAGUGCCAGAGACUACUUUGCUGCUGUGUGUUGGAGAGGCAAAGUUUUUGUCCUGGGAGGCAACCAAGAUGACACAAAUUACCUGGAUUCUGUGGAGUAUUACACACCUGAAGACAACACUUGGAGGUUGGCUCAUCCUUUAGACACGCCCAUCUGCGGCCAUGCUGCUGCGAUAUUGGAUGGCGAAAUUUUCAUAUCAGGUGGAUGUGACUCUCAUCUACGCUGUCUUCCGUCUCUGUGGCACUAUGAUCCUGUCUACGGCUGCUCAAACAGGGCUCCAAUGGCAAGUGGAGCCGGUCGUGCAGGUCAUGUGAUGCUGGCUGUAGGAAAUCAACUGGUCGUGGCUGGAGGACUACAGCCUCUGCAGGUGGGUUUUGGGGACCAGUUACAAUGCGAGGCAUAUGAUGUGCUGCAGAAUUGCUGGAUGCCUCUUCCCUCUCUGCCACGACCCCAUCUAUCUCCUGCAGCCACAUGCCUUGAUGGAAUGCUGUAUAUCUUGGGUGGGUCUUCAUUUGACUCAGGAUAUGACACACCAUGGGUUUAUCGCUAUGAUCCACGGGACAAAUUCUGGGACAAACUGGGAACAUUGCCUCGACCUUAUGCUGACCUUGCAGCAUGCAUGCUUCAAUUACCCAUAAACCACAGGGGUUAAUGUUGAAGUCUGAAUAUUACAAAAUAGUAUUGUUUUGAAAACUGCAAAGUGGGAGUAAAAUUACAUAAAUUCAUGGUGUAUUGAAGGUAAUGAAUAUAAAAAUAUAUAGGCAGUUAAAAACAGCAUUAAGUAAAAAAAAAAAGCCUGGAACAGUUGAAAAUUUGUCAGGAUUUGGAUAUAUUGGCAUA